AUGCGCCUCUGCUCAAUAGCCGUUCUCGCGCUCUCUCUUAGAGCAUCUAGCGCCUUUGCCGCCCAGGUCAACGGGACUUAUAUCGCUGGGCUGAUUCGCACUCUUACCGCGCUUAACCUCACGUCGUACUUGACAGUAGUCAGUCAAUUCGCCAAUACGACUUCUGGUAUAGAAUUCCUCAACACGCUCUCCAGUGGCGCUCCGCUCACUCUCUUCACGCCAAAUAACGAUGCAUGGGGUGGUGUCCCUUCGGCUUUUACCAAUGACUAUGUCUGGCUGUCACGCAUUUUUGCAUAUCAUGUCAUCCCAGGCCACUUCCCUCUCUCGUCCAUCCCACGACGUCCCAGGAAUGCCGUGUUCCCUACGUUUCUAACUGAUCCUAGUAUUGUCCUCCUAAACGGAAAGCCUCAAAAUAUAGCGUUGACGAAGGUUGGAAAUACAACUCAAGUUGCUCACCAGAACAAUUGGCCAUGUAUCAUCAUGCAGACAGCUAAAUAUCAAAAUCUCAACAUCUAUGUGACGUCCACCGUGAUCGACCUACCACCCACUUUCGAUUAUUUCCUCGCAGACCCACAGGCAGUCUCAGCCGUUCCGAACAGCCUCACGCUGUCAGUUCUCGCCAGCAUUCUAGGCGCUAACAGCAGCCAACUCUUAGCUACCGUACCGAGCCUAACCUACUUCCUACCUACGGAUGCGGCUUUCCUGGAUGCUCAAAGGAGGGGUGUCUUUGGUCCCGAUACGAACGUGACGACGAUCGAAGAUAUCGUUCGGAACCAUCUUAUCAACGGGACGAUCGUCACUACUGGUUUACCACUAAAGAAUUACACUUCUGCAGGUGGACAACAGAUCACGGUUGGGGUUGGACCGACGACCAAUGAAACUGGGACGACGGGGACUGUGGUAUAUUAUCAGGGUAUACCACCUGUGGCGAACAUCGUUUGGGGAGAUAUACCGGUUCAGAAUGGGAUCGUUCAUUUGAUCGAUGCUGUUCUGACGAAUGCGAAUUACACUCCUAAGGCGAGGAGGGGGAGGCGGGAUAAUGCGAUGGAACAGGCGCAGGAGCUUCCUGGUCGGAGGACUUGGAUUCCUUCGAGAGUGUGGAGACCUUGA